UCCAUAGUUACGGCGCUGUGGAGGCGGCGGCCAUCUUGGCGGCGGAGCGAUGAGCGGGUCGAACCCGAAGGCUGCGGCCGCGGGGUCGGCGGCGGGGCCCGGGGGGCUGGCGGCUGGCAAGGAGGAGAAGAAGAAGGCGGGCGGCGGCGUCCUCAACAGGCUCAAGGCGCGGCGGCAGGCGCCUCACCACGCGGCCGACGAUGGCAUCGGGACUGCGGUCACGGAGCAGGAGUUGCUGGCGCUGGACACCAUCCGGCCCGAACACGUCCUGCGUCUCGGCCGGGUCACCGAGAAUUAUUUAUGUAAACCCGAAGACAACAUCUACAGUAUUGAUUUCACUCGCUUCAAGAUUCGAGAUUUGGAGACGGGGACGGUGCUGUUUGAGAUUGCCAAACCUUGUGUUUCAGACCAGGAGGACGACGAGGAAGCGGAAGGGGGAGACGUGGAUAUCAGUGCAGGCCGUUUCGUUCGCUACCAGUUCACACCUGCUUUCCUCCGCCUCCGGACAGUGGGGGCCACGGUGGAGUUCACAGUGGGAGACAAACCUGUGUCAAACUUCCGGAUGAUCGAACGGCACUAUUUCCGGGAGCGCUUGCUGAAAAACUUUGACUUUGAUUUUGGCUUCUGUAUCCCCAGCAGCAGGAACACUUGUGAACAUAUCUACGAGUUUCCCCAGCUUUCUGAGGACGUCAUUCGUCUGAUGAUUGAAAACCCAUAUGAGACCCGCUCUGACAGCUUCUACUUUGUUGACAACAAGCUGAUCAUGCACAACAAGGCCGACUAUGCCUAUAAUGGAGGCCAGUAGCUGCUGCAGGAGUGCACAGGAGGCGCUCGGCCGUGGCCAGGGGAUCCUACUUCAAGGGGCGGAAGCUGCAGCUUGACCCACACGUCUGGAACCUGGACAGCCAGAGCCAAGAUGGCAGCUGGCUGUGCUGCAGGGGAGGUGCCAAGCAGGGCCAUGUUUUCUUCCCCAGUACUUUUCCUUCCUUCCCUGCCCUGCUGCGCCCUGCCCUGCCCCACCCUGCUCUGCCCUUUAGGUCACAGAGGUACUAGAGUCCGGUAAAAAGUUAGGGUGAGGUGCCUGGAAUUCAGAUUUAAAGAGACAGUUUAUUUUCACAUAG